CUGGCAAUUUCAUCAUAAGCGUAAUGACCUUUGGUAUAGCAUCUCCCUUGGAACCCAAAUGCACUUGGAGAUGAUCCAUGCUGACCCCAAUUUUGAAACUGCUGAUAUUUCGUUUUUUGGUGAAAAGAUGUGUUUGGACAUGAAGGAAAAGAAGUUCACAAAAGUACUUUCCAGCUUCGAUUUUGCACGGCGGCUCUGCUGUAAAGAUGACAGCUUUUUUACCCCACCCAAUAAUAUUUAUUUUCUUAGUGGUUCUGUAUGGACUCUCUACAGCCAGGACAUCCAUCAGCUGUUGAGUUCUGCAUAUCAGCAACCCUUGGGAUUCAUGAAUUUCCAGGAAUUAAAGAUGAUUGUUCGGCCUAAAUACGUUCCUCUUUACCAAAAUGUGAAUGACCUCAGGAUAUGGUUUUCUAACCCGCCAACAACCUUUGCAUGGUGGGGUGAAGAACCAACAGACAUCUAUAUCGGAAAGUUUCCAUGCAAAGAUCAAGUGUCUGCAACACCUGACACAGAUGAGUUCUCAUUAAGGGAGGUGGCACCUUCAGAGCUUGCAUAUCAACAGUGUUGUCAGCUCUUCCACGCUUCUGCCCCUCCGGAGCAUUUCGUUGUGUUAAGAAUUUACCGAUACUACAACCGUUCACUCUGGGAGCUAUACCUGAGAGAGAAGAGGCGGCUAAAAAACCUGCAAAUUCCUAGCCCUUUGGAGUACCACCUUUUCUACCAAGGCCACAUUAGCUUGGAAUAUUUGACAAGUAUUGGUCUAUGCCCUAAAACAAGGAGUGGUGAAGGCAUCUUGGGCCGAGGACUCUAUUUCUCCCUAAAUGCCUACCUUGCAACUUCCAAUAAGAACCCUUCAUCUGGAUACAUGACAGUGCUGGCCAAAGUGCUAGUUGGAGAAAAGACCCUUGGCCAUCCAUUCAUAUUUGAUGCACCCUUUAAGCCAAAUGGCCAGGAGUAUGACUCCUGUGUGAACGAUAUAGACAUGCCUACCCUAUUUUGUGUGUUCCGAAAAGAGCUCAUUUACCCCUACUUCAUCAUCACUUACAGAUGUCUUACAGACGAAGUUCACAUGGUCUUCUGA